CCGCUAGUCACCUUUUGCCAGCAGAGAGGGAAGUAACGUUUUGGGGGGUUUAAAGAGAAAAAAAAAAUCUGGAGGCACCGUCAAAUAACUGAAGUACCGCUUCGUACCGAGUGCCGGGGAAAGCUGUGAAUACCUCCUGCCUUUGGAAGAGACUCAACCUGCGGGGAAAUAAUCUCGAGUGCGCGGAAGUUUGUGUUUACUGAUGUUGUUGUAGCUAGCUGGUUGGCCCUGUUAGCCUGUUAGCCAGAGGUGCGCGCUGUUUGGACUUAAACAUACACAACUAUUCCAACUGAACAGGCGAGUUCAAUAAAUGCUGGUUUAUCGUAACACUUUUAAAUACCUAUUCGGUUGUUGUUACUGGUUUGGCAGAUAAACUUGUAACGCUUGUGCGGGUCACGAACUGUGGCUCUUGUGGGGUCGCGUCAGACACAUUUAUUCAUAAGCAGAGAACAUUUAGACUCGACCAACGCACGCCUCCGUUCGGUGAUCUUUAACGUCUUCAUUCCAACCCGGAUGUCAUAUCAGGCUUUCAUCGUUUCUGCACUGCGACCCGUCCUCCUCGUCGGACCUAGUUCAUCUGCUUCGUCCGUAAUGGGCCCCCAGUUGAGCUAGUGAGACCCAGGGAAACAAUCGGCAGCCCGCUAACCAUGGGGGGAUGUGUGGGGAGAUACUGGGAAGGCUGGGAGGACACACAGAGCCGAGGCUCGUCCAGGAACGGUGGACGAGGAGGACGUAACGAGCCCCUGAAAAAAGAUCGGCCCAAGUGGAAGAGCGACUAUCCGAUGACGGAGGGUCAGCUACGGAGCAAGCGGGAUGAAUUCUGGGACACAGCGCCAGCAUUUGAGGGCAGAAAGGAGAUCUGGGACGCCCUGAAAGCCGCUGCCGUGGCCCUGGAGUGUAACGACCACGAGUUAGCCCAGGCUAUAGUGGACGGAGCCAGUAUCACACUGCCACAUGGUACUCUGACAGAGUGUUACGAUGAACUCGGGAACCGCUACCAGCUGCCCGUCUACUGCCUGGCGCCGCCCAUCAACCUCAUUUCAGAGCGUAGCGACGAGGACCCCAGCGACAGCCCCGAACCCCCAGUAGCACCCAAGAAGGAAUUCCAGCUCAAGGUUCGACUGUCCACAGGAAAGGACCUGCGUCUCAGCGUCAGCAUGGCCGACACCAUCGGGCAGCUGAAGAAGCAGCUGCAGGCCCAGGAGGACAUCGACGCCACCCACCAGCGCUGGUUCUUCUCCGGGAAACUGCUCACGGACAAGACGCGGCUACAAGACACUAAGAUCCAGAAGGACUUUGUGAUCCAGGUCAUCGUCAACCCGCAGGCCCUCCGAGCCCCCAAGCUGUCCCCGACCACCACUGCCUCCUCACCCGCUUCUGAAUAACAGGACAAAGAGGAACGAUGGAGGAGUUGUGCAGUGGGUGGCAGAUGCUGAAGGACCAGAUGUGCCCCCCAAUGCUGGAUAACUUAUUCUUGUUGACAACAGACAAUGUUACUGAAAGUAAAUCAAACUGUGGAGGUACAAAACUACUUUGAGGCAAAAAAUAAACAAAAAAACAUAAGGGAGUAACUCAAAAGUGCUGCUUUCUUUCAUGUACCAUGUUCAAUGUGUUCUUCUGCCGAGUUGUUCCAGUUGUCACACUAAGUCUGGAGACAUUCACCUGCUUUGAGCCAUCUCAAAUUGAAGCAGAGCUCGCAGUCUUUUCAGCCACAUACAAAAUGUGUACAUCAUGACUAGACUCUGCCUCUGCCCUUUUGUCUGCACUAAGUGCCAACGGAGGAAACGCAGAGGUGUUGGUUCUGAAGCACAUUUGUACUACGACACCUACGAACUGAGCUCUGCAAUCUUUUGCUCCUCCACAGAAACAGGAAAGGAAAGCAGAGAGCGUGAUGCUGAACAUUUUCUUUCUUUCUUUUUUUUUCUCCUUCUGUCUUUAAGUGAGGAAAUAAUGUAAACUGAGCUUUUUUGCACAUUUAAAGAUUAUUACUAUACUUUUGUGGUAGUUUGUGUGCCUUCUACAAGAUUUAAAAAAAAAAAAAGAGGUUAAUGUCCGGAAAGACGUAAGUUUUACCGCUAGGCUAAGCCUUCUGUAUUUUUUUAAUUCAGGAACUCUUAGAUCAAUCUAAGCUAUAACUGCUGCCUUUUUUUAAGAUUUCAUAAGUCUUGCAGACAAAGCAUAUGAUGGGUGUGUAAGUGUGUGGGGGGCGCAUAAAGAGCAUGUGUUUGACCCACAUGAUACUUUGAAAUUUGAUGUAGCUCACAGAGACAAUACUGGUGUACAAGUCAUAGCUUAAGUCAUUAAUGCUAUUUGUGAAGGGAAAGAGAAGCUCCCAUGCAACAAGUACUGUCAGAACAGCUGCGUUACUGCGUAAUGACCCCCCGCCACCACCAGGAGGGAGCAGCACAGCCCUUAUAUAAUCAGUUGAGUUGCUUUAGAGGUAGUUGUCGUUCUUUUCACCACUUGAUGAAUGUAAAUCCAGUUGUCACUUGCCUUUUCUUCUUGAUGUGGUCCAGUAACUUUGAGGACACAUAUUUGUCACACAUGCGUUUUCUUCACCAGCAUACAGAUGGUUUGAUGCGGAGCGGUGAGUCAAACGCAAAAGGCUGCAAAAAGCUGUAGAUUCACAUGUUGAUUUUCAGUAUUUUGAUUUAGUGACCAUCAAAAAUGUUUCCUACAAGUACACUCCAGUGUUUCAGACUUUAUGGUCAGUUUACUUGCUAUGGGACAGAGCGUAAUUUUUAACAAAUAGCUGCAUUUUCCUAGCAGGAACUAGCAACAUUACUGCUAUCUACUAGACUAUAGUGGAGUAGUUUGUUGUAUGUUUGCAUAUUCAUACACCAGUGGACUAAUCUGCCUUAUCUGAGCAGGUCUUUGGACUGUGGUUGAAACACAGAUCCUUGAAAAAAGUUCUUGGAGCUAAACAUAUCCAAACAUGGCUAAUAAGAAAAUAACCCUGAUGAUGUGAUAACCAUCUAAUCAAGAAGGGCUUGGAGUUUAGACAUUUACAGCAAAAAGCUCUCAUUACACACUGUAGGUGUGUAAAGAGGAGUUUUUGGAGCUUUACAUCUUAAAAGGGCUUAAAUUGGGGCUUUCACAGCCUUUGCUGCUUUAAUUUUGACCAAGUCUUUCUGUCACAAGUCCAUCAACUUUCUGAUAGUAGAAUUCAAAAAUUGGUGGACUCCCCCUUUAAUGACCUUUCAUUAAAGUUCACAGAUUGGAUGUAAAAGUGUAAAGUUGGCACCAUGUUGGAGGAGUAACAGUCAUCACAUUUUCCUUCUUUGCAAGCAAACUGAAUUCACCAAUUUGGGUCAAAGCAUCUUUUAUUUGGCUGCUUUCUUGUAGGUUGACUAAAAAAAAGAUAAAAAUCUAUGUCUCAGUGUCGAGAAGUCUUUUCUCAAGACAUCUUGCUUGUGUUUUAAAGUGUUCUUCAGUGUCACACUGAGCACUGAAGUACUGCCUUUUGAGUGUCCAGUAUAGCACAAAGCCAUGAAUUUACACUGGCAGCUCCUGGCUGAAGUUCCUAUCAGGCCAAAGUGUGGCUACGUUCACUGCAGCUCAGGUUGUGAGACGGCAGAUUUGUACUGUGAACAUCCACUGACCUGCAUUUAGUGUUCAUAUUCCCGUGGAUUAUCUACGAAUCAUGAUGUAGACAUUUAUCUGUUUUGCUUUUUCAGUCAUUUUAUCAUGUGUUGCAUUACGUGGCAGUGAGUGUUUACACAUAAGACAAGACACAACAAAAAACAAACAGAUCAGUGUAAUUGAUCUGUUAGGAGUCCUCUCAGUUUGUCCCAUAUGCACAGGAGAAAAGGCCAUAAAGAUUUUCACUUUAAAAGCCACUGAAUACCUAACUGUGACAUUUAACCAAUGCAAAAUGCUUUUGUUAAAUACAGCUAAAUAAAUACAAGCAAUUUACAUUCACAUUAUGAAGCCGUAUUUAAAGUUGCAAGGAACGUGACUAUAGUUUUUCUUUAUACAUAUUUGAAACGUACAUUUUGUACUUUUUUUUUUUCUUUUUUCUGAGACCUUGGCAAGCUUUUGAAACUGCAAAACUUAAAGCUGCCUCCAGAAGCAAAUACACAAACUCCCUGCUUCUGUGCAUCGCAGUCGCUAACAUGUUCACGUUGAUGUCAGAUGUAGGUCACUGCUGACCAUUCAGGCUCUACAGCUUGAUGGGCUUUGCUUUCAUUCACCGCUCCUUCCUGUCACACACUUCUCCACCAGUGGAGGGAAUAAAACUGAACUGAGCCACAGCUCACCACAUCAAGAACGUUUUCUUUCUGUCAUAUUGUUUCUAACCAGUUUCAGCCUUGAUGCUCAUUACAAUUACCUGUUUGUUAUAUCCAGGACGUUUUUGUUUUCUGCUUUCCCUUUACCUGUGGUUCUUAAAGGGAUAUUUGGUAAUCUUCGUAUGCAAACUUGAAUGAGCAUUUCUCUCUGUAUGUGCAAUACAAUUAGACAUAGACCUCAUAUCAUUUUUGUGUCUGAUUCUGCAGAUUUCUUAGAGCACCAGCCAUAAGUAUUGUUAAUGUCAAACUCCAGGUACAAGCCUGCUCUGAUCUGAUUCCUGUGUCAGAUAAUCAGCUGCCUCUGUCAGUGGUUUUAAAUGUCCAUGUUUGUCACUUUGAAAUGUAUUCCCAGCUGUCGCCUUGACCAUUGGGGCCCAUCGUCUUUUACAGAAUAAAUAUCUAAACAUUA